AUGUCUGCCUUAUCCGGUGAAUACUGGUUGAUAUCUGCACCCGGUGAAAAAGGCGCCAACGAUGCUUGGGAUAAGCUGAACCGAGCAACGUCAAAUCUUUCGAAUAAUUCAAAGUUUAAUAUCCCCGAUCUUAAGGUUGGAACUCUCGAUCAGCUUGUUGGUCUUUCAGAUGAUCUCGGCAAAUUGGAUAGCUCAGCUGAAGCAGUCACUCGCAAAUUAGUGCAGUACUUUGGUGAUGUUCUCGAGGACGACCGAAGCAAGUUGGCUGAGAACUUGUUGAUUAACAAUAAGGACAUAAAGACAUAUGUGACGAAAUUCCAGUGGGAAGGUGCCAAAUAUCCACUCAAGCAGUCUCUUAAAGUUCUAAGUGAGAUAAUUGGGAAGCAAGUGACUCAAAUCGACAAUGACCUGAAGCAGAAAUCAAUCACGUACAAUAACCUGAAGAACAGUCUAGCGUCGAUCGACAGGAAGACGACUGGGUCGUUGAUAACAAAGGAUCUUGCGGACAUCGUCAAAGCCGAUGAUUUCGUUCUGAAUUCGGAGUACCUGCAGACACUCAUGGUGGUUGUACCAAAGAUAAAUGCGAAGGAGUGGGAGCAACGCUAUUCCACAUUUACGUCGAUGGUUGUUCCUGGGUCUACGCAACUUAUCACAGAAGAGGGCGAUCUUGCGCUCUACUCCGUUACUCUUUUCAAAAAAGUUAUUGAGGAGUUUAAGACGGUCGCAAGGGAGAACAAAUUUAUUGUUCGGGACUUCGUCUAUGAUGAAGAGUCUCUUAAAGCUGGCAAAAACGAGCGUGACAAAUUAGUGGCAGAGAAGCAGAGACAGUACGCACCACUGAUUAGAUGGUUGAAAAUCAACUUCGGGGAAAUCUUUGCAGCGUACAUCCACGUGAAAGCAUUGCGGGUGUUUGUUGAGUCUGUGUUGAGGUACGGAUUACCAGUUAACUUUCAAGCAGCCGUAGUAGAGCCUUCGAAGGGAAGUCAAAAGAAACUUCGCGCCGAACUUCAUAAGCUCUAUAUACAUCUUGAUGGUUCUGCCGCAGGUCCAAUUGACACAUUGGAGGAUUCACCAGCUUUGAUGUCAUUGGGAGUAAACGAAUACUAUCCUUACGUAUUCUUUAAGCUAAAUUUGGAUUUUGUUGAGAAGAAGUAG